AUGACUUACACACUUGACAACGAAGCAGGCGUGGAAGAUGUCGAAACCCUCGUAAUCGGGGCUGGACCUACUGGCCUGGGUGCCGCUACACGCUUGGACCAGCUCGCACGGUCUUUCCUCCUCGUCGACUCGGUAUCAGUAGCAGGCGGGCUCGCUUCGACCGAUACCACUCCCGAGGGGUUUCUGUUUGACGUGGGGGGGCAUGUCAUCUUUUCGCACUACGCGUACUUUGAUGAUGCUAUCAAGCGGGCUCUGCCGAACGAGGAGGACUGGCUCACCCACCAACGAGUCAGCUAUGUCCGCUGCGCCAACACCUGGGUUCCCUAUCCAUUCCAGAACAACAUCUCGACGCUGCCAAUGGAUCUCCAGCUCCAGUGCCUCGAUGGGUUGAUCCUCGCUGCCGAGGAAAGAGGGCGGAACGCCUCGUUCAAGCCUACCACAUUCGACCAGUACAUCCUCCGGACGAUGGGCGAGGGGAUCGCGGACGUGUUUAUGCGGCCAUACAACUUCCGUGUAUGGGGUGUACCGACUACACAGAUGCAAUGUAAAUGGCUCGGUGAACGCGUAGCCGCUCCCUCUCUGCGCCAAGUCGUCCGAAACGCCCUCACAAAAGAGACGGCCGGGAAUUGGGGUCCGAACGCGGUAUUCAAGUUCCCAGCGCGGGACGGCACAGGCGGGAUCUGGACAGCUAUGGCGCGGACGAUCCCUCCCAAGAAGAUGCGGCUGGGCGAGCACGGGGCGGUUGCGCGUAUAGAGGCGGGGAAGAAGGUGGCGGUAUUGCAGAAUGGGCAGAGGGUGCGGUAUAAGAAUUUGAUAUCGACCAUGGCGGUCGAUGGGCUUCUGGGGUGUAUGGGACAGGAGGAGGGGGUAGAGGGGAUGCAGACGGCAGCGAGGCAGGGGUUGGUGUAUAGCAGUACGAUCAUCCUGGGUCUGGGGAUCAGGGGGACGAGGCCGGAUAGGAUCGGAGACAAGUGCUGGCUAUACUUCCCAGAGGACGACUCGCCAUACUACCGCGCCACCAUAUUCUCCAACUAUUCUCCUUACAACACCCCUUCUUCAUCCGCCUCCCUUCCCACACUCCAGCUCGCUGACGGAUCCGCCCCGCAGGACUCGGAACCAGCGGACGGGCCAUACUGGAGCAUCAUGUUCGAGGUGUGCCAGUCCGAGCAGAAGCCCGUGAACCUGGAGACGGUACUGGCGGAUACGAUCAGAGGGGCGGUAGCGACGUCUUUGCUGUUACCCACGGAUCAGAUCGUUUCAACCUAUCAGCGGAGGUUUGACCAUGGCUAUCCCACACCUACGCUCGGACGAGACGCGGCUCUGGAGCAGAUCUUGCCGGUUUUGAAGGACAAGUAUGGGAUUUGGUCAAGAGGGAGAUUUGGGAGCUGGAAGUACGAGUGCGGGAAUCAGGAUCACUCGUUUAUGCUCGGUGUCGAGGCGGUCGACAAUGCGCUAUUCGGCGCGCCCGAGAUGACUCUGAACGAGACGGAUUGGGUGAACGGGCGGAGGAACGAUGAGCGUAGGUUGUAG